CUGUCCGCAGCGUGCACAGCCCAGGAGGGUUAAGCAAUUUUGGUUUCCUUUGAGGUUGAAGGACCCAGGCGUGCCAGCCCCGCUCCAGGCACCUUGGGCAUGGAGGAGAGUGUCGUACGGCCCUCAGUGUUUGUGGUGGAUGGACAGACUGACAUCCCAUUCACGAGGCUGGGACGAAGCCGCCGGAGACAGACGUGCAGUGUGGCCCGGGUGGGUCUGGGUCUCUUGCUGUUGCUGAUGGGGGCCGGGCUGGCCAUCCAAGGCUGGUUCCUUCUGCAGCUGCACUGGCGUCUGGGAGAGAUGGUCACCCGCCUGCCUGACGGACACGGAGGCUCCUGGGAGCAGCUGAUACAAGAGCGAAGGUCUCACCAGAAUAACCCAGCAGCGCAUCUCACAGGGGCCAACUCCAGCUUGACGGGCAGCGGGGGACCGCUGCUAUGGGAGACCCAGCUGGGCCUGGCCUUCCUGAGGGGCCUCGACUACCACGAUGGGGCCCUUGUGGCCAACAAGGCUGGCUACUACUACAUCUACUCCAAGGUGCAGCUGGGCGGUGUGGGCUGCCCGCUGGGCCUGGCCAGCACCAUCACCCACGGCCUCUACAAGCGCACGCCCCGCUACCCCGAGGAGCUGGAGCUGUUGGUCAGCCAGCAGUCACCCUGCGGACGGGCCAUCAGCAACUCCCGCGUCUGGUGGGACAGCAGCUUCCUGGGUGGUGUGGUGCACCUGGAGGUUGGGGAGGAGGUGGUCGUCCGUGUGCUGGAUGAGCGCCUGGUCCGACUGCGUGAUGGCACCCGGUCUUACUUCGGGGCUUUCAUGGUGUGAAGGAAGGAGCGUGGUGCAUUGGACGUGGGUCUGACACAUGGAGAACUCAGAGGGUGCCUCAGGGGAAAGAAAACUCACGAAGCAGAGGCGGGGCGCAGUGGCUCACGCCUGUAAUCCCAGCACUUUGAGAGGCCUAGACAGGCAGAUCACCUGAGGUCAGGAGUUCGAGACCAGCCUGGCCAACAUGGCAAAACCCCAUCUCUACUAAAAAUACAAAAAUUAGCCGGACGUGGUGGUGCCUGCCUGUAAUCCCAGCUACGCAGGAGGCUGAGGCAGGGGAAUUUUGCUUGAACCUGGGAGGCGGAGGUUGUAGUGAGCCGAGAUCGCACCACUGCAGUCCAACCUGGGCAACAGAGCGAGACUUUGCCUCAA